AUGCGCGACGGCAAGGCGGCUGGGGAUGCCUACGUGCAUUACAGCAAUGAGGAUGACUACAAACGAGCCCUUAAGAAGGAUAGGGAGCACAUGGGACAUCGAUACAUCGAAGUGAUGCCAGCUGAUGAUGAGUCGGCAAAAGGAAUGGUUGGUAGGGAUCGUGAUAGAGGUUUUCGCGACCGUGGCCCUCGCCGUGAGCGCAGCUAUGACUACGGUCGGGGAGGCUCACGUGGUGGCGUACCUCCUCUGCUAGCAUCGACUGGGGAAGGGGUGGUGAGACUUCGUGGUCUCCCCUAUGGUGUGCGUGAGCGUGACGUGUUCGACUUCUUUGCUCCAUUGGCCAUUGUUCCGGACGGUAUUCUUCUUCCCGAUGAACGUGCUGCGGCUAAAACAAAUGGUGAAGCAUUUGUUGUGUUUGUAGACCAAGAAACCGCUGAUCGAGCAUUAAUGCGUCACAUGAAGAAUAUGCAACACCGAUACAUCGAGGUGUUUGCGGCGUCGUACGGUGAGAUGGUGCAGUUCUGUGAUGACCACCGUCUGCGCGUGCCGCGUGGUAAUGGGGGAGGAGGCGGCUACAGUGCUCUGGAUCGUGGUGCUGGCUACGAGGACGCUUAUGACGGCUACCUCGGGUCAUAUGGUCGAGUUGGUGGUGGUGAUCGUGUUGCGACUGUUGGUCCUUGGGAGGAUAGCCGUGCUCCUGCCUUUGGCUCAGUACCAAUAACAGAUCCAUAUGCUGGUGGAUAUACUGCGUCACCAUGGGCUGCCGACACGCGACGUGCAGCUUCCCCUCGUGUUGGAGCUUCCUAUGGAGAUCCAUACGGUAGGGCUGGCCAUGCAGACCAUUACGGUAGAGCUGUGCCUUCAUCUGAGCCUUAUGGGCGCCCUACGCCGGUAGAUGAUCCUUACCUGCGUUCUUCAAGAAGGCAAGAUGAUAUGUAUGGUCGCGGAAGGUCUGAUCCAUAUGAGAGUUAUGCCCGUGGGCUUACUGAGUCUUGGCGCGACGAGCGAGCACCAGCAUCAGCAACGUCAGGAUUUGGCGAUUCGUGGCACGAAUAUGGCUAUUCGGGAAGUGGAGGUGGACCGAUGCGUGUACGAGAGCAGUGGCGCGACCGAGAGGACUCCCGAGGACCAACUGCUGCAGCACCACGAGGACGUGAACGACCUGGACAGAGGUACACACUCAAAAUGAGAGGGGUGCCCUUCCGUGCUAUCGAGGCGGAUAUUUACGACGUGAGUUGGAAUAUUGUGGUUCAUAUACAGUUCAGUUGGUGGAAUAAUUUCUUUGAACCAGUUCGACCUGCUCAUGUUGAAAUAAUCCAUGAAGCAAGCGGCCGCCCUUCUGGUGAAGCACGUGUGGAAUUCGCGAGCAGAAAAGAUUAUGAUGACGCUUUGUUAAAGGAUAAACAGUACAUGGAAGGGGAUUCUGGAGUCAGUAACUUUUAA